UGACGAGUGCAUGAAUCCGCGGCGUGUUCUGGAGCGUUUGACCGGCAGUCGAGCUGAUCCUGGUGGGCGACCAAAGCUGGACCAAGGCAAUAAAUUCAAGCUUGGAGGAGCCACAUCUUUUCAUACCUUCUUCAGCUUUGUUUGCUCCCUCUCCCACGUACAAAAAAGGCAGUCUGAAGAAAAUCUCAACUUUGACCCUAAGCUUUUGAAUGAAAUUUACUUCGUGUAUUGCAAUUUCAUCUACGAUUAUGUAUGGGGUAAAUCGGGUUUCUCCCUCAACACCUGGUUUCCCGAGCUCCCGGAAGUAUCCUGCCAGCUGGUGAAAAUGUCGCGUUGCUCGACAGAGGAGAAGUACGAGUUCAAAUUUUCAAAUGGCGUUUCUCAUUCAAGCGUCUUCGAUGAAACAUCCUUUUUGCAAUCUUUCUACGUGGAUAAAAAGGUGUUUGAAAGGGUCGGACAGGAACUCUGCACUGCUCUUGAUGUGGCUGUGUCCAUGGGUGGGUGUGAAGCUGUGGUCGAGUCCUUCUACUCCGUUGUGGAUACCCAGCGGAAAGGAAGUACUAUGUCAAACGAGACAUUGGAGUUGCAAAGUAUUAUAGAUUGGUGCUACCCCAAACCCUACAGGUGCCCUGCAACCAUGGAGACAGUUGCCAACUUGAUGCUGGAUGGAAAUUUUCUCCUGGGAAUAACUCCUUCUCCCCCCUCGGUUCAUAUGGACACCAAGAACAAGUCUCCCUUCUCAGAAGUGAGCAAGGUUCUACAAAGGCUCAAAAAUGAACCAGUCAAGUAUGCAUUUCUCUUGCAUACUGAUGAUUUUAGGUAAAUCAUAUAAGACGAAAGCACGAGCAAUGCAUAGGUAAUCGGCUUCCGCUUCAUUUGAGAUGCGCUGUCACUUGCAACAUUUUGGGCAGCCAUUUGCAUUUUUACGUGUGUGAAGCAGUGACCACUCCAGACACCCGUCACUGGGCUGUAUUGCAGUCUAUACUUUAAGGGGGAAGAUUGUGAUGCGAUGUAGUAAUCUUUCGUAAUCUCUUUGUUCCUUAAUACCAGCUUGAUUUAUAUUGUUAUGCACAAUCCUACAAUUAGAAUUAAUUUGCGUGCUACUCACGUUUGGUCAAUAUUUCUUUUAUCGUUGGCUGAAUGCACGUUUGGUUUGCUUAGCAUUCGUAAACCUUUUUGAAUAUUUCAUAAAAUGGUAUUAGAAUAAUAAGCAGGUUUCACUAAAAAGUAUUGUUGGUUUAACUAUCUGUAAAUAAUAAUUAGUUAACGUUUACGCUAAAGAAGUCGGUUUGGAGAUUUUACGUUAUGUGUAAAAACAGGAAUUUUUACGUUUCUCGUCUUGGAACAAACUUUUGCCUUGAGUAAUACAACACAUCCUAAGCUAUUCAUUAAAAAACUUUAUGCAACGAAUUUUUUAGUUCUAAAAUUAUUUGAAAUGUUGCCAAAAUGUAAAAACAUUUAAUGUGGUUCUGUUCAAGCCAUUUAGUUCUGUACAAGCAUACGAUGUUUAGUCAUCUUCACUGAGAAAAAAAAGCCUAGGUAGAGCUAGCCUUCAUAAGUAAUGCUGUUAAAGUUGUCUACAGAUGUGCCUUUUCGUUUUUCCACUGGUUAUAAGAAAAAAUUAUUCUAGCAACUGUAUCCUGGGCUUUACUGAUUGAUA